UUACUUUUAGGAACAAUGCCAAAGCAAGGCAAAGGUCGAUUGCAUGCUGGAAAUGAUAGACUUAGUGAUGAUGAUGACAUAGAUGAGGAUGCUCUUUCUGGAACAAUGCCAAAGCAAGGCAAAGGUCGAUUGCAUGCUGGAAAUGAUAGACUUAGUGAUGAUGAUGACAUAGAUGAGGAUGCUCUUUCUGGAACAAUGUUAAAGCAAGGCAAAGGUCGAUUGCAUGCUGGAAAUGAUAGACUUAGUGAUGAUGAUGACACAGAUGAGGAUGCUCUUUCUGGAACAGUGCCAAAGCAAGGCCAAGGUCUGUUGAAUGCUGGAAAUGAUAGACUUAGUGAUGAUGAUGAUGAUAAUUCUGUGAAAGACCCUGAUUAUGAGCCAGACCAUAGCUCUGACAAUGAUUCUGACUCUCUUUUUGAAGAAAACCAAGAUGAUCUUCAUCCUGACAGUUUGGGGGAAUUAUCUUGCAGUGACAUUGGAUUAGAAAAAUGUCCUACUAUUGAUCCUAGAAGAGAAAUAGUAUCUGAUAGUGAAGAAAGUUGUGGUAGCAUUGAAAGUGAAAAAUAUCCCAUGCUCUCUGGAAAGACAGAUAAGGGCAUUUCUUUUCAAGGUGUUCCUAAAAAUUCGAAUGGAAACUUAAAAAACAAGCUGCAUGCCUGCUUCUUUUGUGAGAAGAUGAUUGCAAACAUUGCAAGACACCUUGAGCUUGCACAUAAAACAGAAGUUGCAGUAGCCAAGAUUUUAGUUUUCCCCAAAAAAAGCAAAGAAAGGAGAAAAAUGUGGGAGGAACUUGUGAAUAAAGGAGACUUUGCUCAUAACAUAUCUGUUCUGGAAAAAGGAGCUGGCAUAAUGAUUCCAAAGAAACGUUCUACAAAAUGUGAGAUCAAAGACCUUAUUCCAUGUGAGAAUUGCAAGGCCUUUUAUAAGAAAACUGACAUGUGGAAACACAGUAAAUACUGUUUAUCUGAAAAGAAAAGCCAAAAUCCUGUACAGAAAGGUCGCCUUUUACUUCCAAUCAGAAAAUGUCAAGAUGGGCUUUUCAAAAAAGUACUACUUACCAUGAGAGAUGAUGAAGUUAAAGUGAUAAUUCAAUCAGAUCCUAGAAUUCUAGAUUAUGGUCGGAGACUGUUUGAAAAACAUGGCCACGAGCCACACAAAACUCAAUACAUAUCUCAAAAAUUAAGAGAAGUUGGUAGACUUCUAUUUGCAUGCAAAUUAUCAAAAGAUAUACAGUGUUUAGAUGAGGCUCUUUUGAGCAAAAACUGGGAUAUUUUAAUUCAGAAUGUGCGUACUAUAGCUGGAUUUGAUGAGGAAUCUCAUACCUAUACCAGUCCAUCCUUGGCUCUGAAGAUUGGGCAUAGUCUACAAAAGUGCGCCCGUUAUAUGCGGUCUGACGGUAUCAAAGAAAAUGACAGAGCAAAGAUUGAAGAAGCAGACCGAUUUCUUACUUUAUACGAAACAGAAUGGACCAAUGACAUAUCGGGACAUGCAUUAACCUCCUUAAGUGAAAAGAAAUACAACAAACCUCUUCUCCUUCCAGUUGUUAAAGAUGUUGUCAAACUGAAUAAUUACCUGGCCAAAGAGGUGGAGACAGUUUGUGAAAAGAUCUUAGUACAGUUUGACAUGUCAUUAUAUGCAAAAAUGGCACAGUUGUGCUUAGCGCAACUGAUUUUAUUCAACCGACGUAGAAGUGGGGAGGCUGAACGUAUCAAGCUGCAAGAAUUUUCUGAUGCUGAAAAUGGAAGUGGAAAACCUGAUGAAGUAGUACUAAGCACACUAAAUGAAUUUGAGAAGAAAUUGUGCAAUACUCAUACUCGAGUUGAAAUAAAGGGGAAAAGGGGGAGAAAAGUGGCCGUUUUGCUAACGGAUGAGAUGAAGAAGAAUAUCAAGAUCCUUAUUCAGCAGAGAGAAAAGGCAAAAGUUUCUGGAGACUGUUUGUUUUCAAAACCGGGAGAUUCCAAAUUUCCAUACAGAGGAAGUGACUGCCUAAGGAGGUUUGCAAAGGAGGCAGGUGUAGAUAAUCCUACUGCUAUUACCUCUACCAAACUUAGGAAACAACUUGCAACUCUUGCGCAAAUACUCAACCUAAAUGAGACAUCGCAGGAUAUCUUGGCCACUUUUCAGGGGCACGACAUAAGGGUCCAUCGACAGUUUUAUAGAUUACCAGAGGAUACAAUGCAGAUUGCCAAAGUGUCAAAGAUACUACAUAGCCUAAACAAUGGAUCCAUAUCCAAAUUCAAGGGGAAAGAUUUUGAUGAAAUACAACUUGAUGACAAAGAAGCAGUAGACAGUGAGAGUGAUGAAGAGGAAACAGAAGACUUGGAUGAUGAUGAAGAAUACAUUGAAGCAGUGGAUAUUGUUUCCCCUAUGUCUGCAGAACAGGAACCAGGGUUUAGAUCUAAGGACAGAUCACUCUAA